AUGCCAUUUCAUAGGAUUCAGGAAUGGAAGGAUGGUUUUUUUCACACUGUCACCCUCAAAUCCUUAGGCUUCUGGAUCCAGCUUGGUCACAGGCCAGGAGAAAAAUGUCGUCAUCCAAAGUCAGCCUUUGACGAUGACUUUAUCAUCAUCAACACUCACGGCAUUCAUGAAGAUCGCUACUCUACCUUUCUUAAAAUCAUGCACAAAUGGAGAAACCUUAGGUCACUAAAGUGUGCUGGAUGUGGUCAUGAUCCUGCAGGUGUUGGUGCAACUCAAGAGGGAGAACUUGUUCUGCUAUGCCCAGCAUGUCUGCACCCUGGUAAAAAUUUACCGGAUGGGUGGGAAACAUCAAAUCAACAUGUUUUUCUUGCAAUUGAUGCGAACUUUUGUCUUAAGCACCGAGCAAUCUCCACCAACAGCAAAGACCCAGGUCUCAGUAAUGGAUGGGGCUACUUCAUUGAUGAGAGGCGUUACAAGGACUAUCUAGUUAACAGUUCAGCUGUCAUUCAAGAGAGGAGCACUUGUGUGAGCCAUAAUGCUGUCAACAUGGCAGAUACAAAAUCAUCAAAAGGAUUUGCUGCUACAGGCAUUGGUACAGUUGACUAUGCCUGCUAUGGCAUGAAGUUGGCGAAUGGUGAAGGAGAUCUACAGAACACAUAUUACAGUGACCUAUCUCCGUAUAAUAUGAGGGAACGGAUGUGCAUAAUAUCCCAUAUGAUAUGGGCCAGCAGACCAUGGGCCCAUGAUAAAAAUAUCCUCGACUAUGACGGAUGGGCUGGGAGGCAAAUUAUUCCUGAUGGAGGCGGGUGGGCCCAUGCAGGGGAUAUAUAG